AUGGAUCGUAGAUAUUCGAGUUUCGAUCCAUUUGAUGAUGUUUUGCCAAGCACAUCAUCAUCUUCACCCUCCGGCGUUUUUCCAUUAUCUCGAGGAAUAUUGGGCGGAGCUCCUCCUAUGAGCCCCCCAAAGCCAAACCCGAAAAAAAGAAGAUCAUCCUCUUCUGCCUCAGCUUCUACCUCAACUUCGAAUAAUUUCGGAUUCAAAACGGAUUCUUCACCACCGCCAGCCAAUAAUUUAUUUCUAAUCAAAAGUCGCGAGAAAAUCCAACAUCAUGCGCCAAUUUUGGAGCCCGUAGAUGAACUGCAACAACAACAGAAGAGGAAAGUUGCGCGAAGUGCUUCUGAGGGAAAAGAGGCGAAUUAUGCGGCCGAUUUGUUUUGGUUGAAGACGAAUUUGACGGAUCAUUGGUCGAUGAAAUGGUUUUGGCAGGUAGAUAUUUGA